UUGGAGGCAUCAACAAAUCAAGAACUCAACCAUCGGAUUCCGGUGUUCAACCUUCCCUCAAAGAUCCUUUGCCGUGUAGUGAACGUUCAUCUGUUGGCUGAACAAGAAACUGACGAGGUUUACGCACAAAUACUCUGGUGCCAGAAUCCAUGUAAGGAUGUAGCUGCCUUCUUUCUGAUUUCAAAAAUUUUCGUGGUCAACCUUAGAUUCUUUCUACUACAAAAUGAGCCUACUAGCCCAGAUCCAUGCCCUGCCGAACCUCCAAGGCCAGCAGUUCACUCAUUCAGCAAGGUUUUGACGGCAUCUGAUACAAGCACCCAUGGUGGAUUCUCUGUUCUCAGAAAACACGCCACUGAAUGCCUUCCUCCGCUGGACAUGUCCCAACCAACUCCUACUCAGGAAUUGGUUGCCAAAGAUCUUCACGGUUACGAGUGGCGCUUUAAGCAUAUAUUCAGAGGUCAGCCUCGUAGACAUUUGCUCACAACUGGAUGGAGUACUUUUGUUACUUCGAAGAGAUUAGUUGCUGGAGAUACCUUCGUGUUUUUAAGAGGGUUCAGUGGAGAAUUACGUGUUGGAGUGAGGCGUCAUGCUCGUCAGCAGAGUAGCAUGCCAUCAUCCGUAAUUUCCAGUCAGAGUAUGCACCUAGGAGUUCUUGCAACUGCCUCUCAUGCCGUUGCAACCCAAACUCUUUUUGUUGUCUACUAUAAACCAAGGACAAGUCAAUUUAUCAUAAGCGUAAACAAGUUUCUGGAGGCUAUCAACAAUAAGUUUACUGUUGGUAUGAGGUUCAAGAUGAGGUUUGAAGGGGAUGAGUCUCCUGAAACUGACAAGAGAUUUUCGGGCACUAUUAUUGGAGUGGAAGAUAUUUCUCCUCACUGGGUAAAUUCGAGCUGGCGAUCACUCAAGGUUCAGUGGGAUGAACCUGCAGCUGUUCCAAGACCAGAUAAGGUUUCACCAUGGGAAGUGGAACCUUUUCUGGCUCCCGUUACUUCAUCUUCAGUUCAACCUCCCGUUGUGAAGACCAAGCGACCUCGGCCACCCAGUGAAAUUCCAGAUCUUGACACAACUUCCACUGCCUCUGCCUUCUGGAAUUCUGAGCUGAUGCAACCUGAUAUUAACCGACUCGGAGCUAUGGCUGAAAGCAAUAGGAGUGAAAAUUCUGGCAUGUGGCAUCACAAUCAAGCUGAAAUGAAUAGUAAAAGCAGCAGCAACACUCCUUCAAGAAAUCAAACAGAAGGGAGUUGGCUGUCGUCUCCCCAUUCAACCGGUCCUCCGCAACUGUUGCAGGACACAACAGAUGAUGGCAAGAGCGUCUCUGCUUGGCCUGUUCACUCAGUUCAUUCAACCACUCACUUGUUGCGACAGAACAAUGAUCAUCUGCUUGAACAAGCUGGCAAGGAGAAUAAAGUUGAGAUUGCUACAAGCUGUCGGUUGUUUGGGAUUGAUCUUAUUGGUCAUUCCCAAAAUUCAACUGCGAUGGAGAAGGCACCUACACAUGCAGCUGGUAUACUUAAUGGCCCUUCUGAAAGUCAUGUCAAUGCCUUGUCUGGAACUGAUUCAGACCAUAAGUAUAACAUCUCAAGGGCUUCCCAUGAGGGAAAACAAGAACAGCUGCAAGUAAAGGAGACUCAGAGCAAGCAAAUAUGUUCCAGAAGUCGCACCAAGGUUCAAAUGCAGGGGGUCACAGUGGGUCGUGCUGUGGACUUGGCCAUUUUGGAUGGUUAUGAUCAACUUAUAGACGAGUUGGAGGAGAUGUUUGACAUAAAAGGACAACUUAAAGAUAGGAAGAAAUGGGAAAUUGUCUUCACUGAUGACGAAGGGGAUAUGAUGCUUGUGGGUGAUGAUCCAUGGCCUGAAUUCUGUAAUAUGGUCAGAAGAAUCUUCAUUUGUUCCAGCCAGGAUGUGAAGAGGAUGAGUGCGGGAAGCAAAUUGCCUAUUUCAUCAAUGGAAGGUGAUGGGACUGUAAUAAGUGGGAGCACAGCUGAAACCUGAAACUAAUGUUGAUCUUUGUUUGGUCUCUGUUGUUGUAGUUCUUUGUGGGAAGGGAGUUGAUUUAUUUAGACGUAGGAAAUUUGUAAUUUCGACAUGAAGGACAUUGGCAAAUUGAAGCUCAAGUUUUAGUGCUACUCGAGACUCCAGGCAUGAUGGGACUUUUAAGAUCUGAAAUAAUAAAGUGCGUUUGUGGGAGAAAGCAAAUGUAGGCUUUAGUGUCUGUGAAAUAUGCAUGUUCAUGUUAAUUCUUAUGAUAAUGAUGGCCGGGAGAAUGUGAAUCCUAGCUGGUCAAA